CAGUGCGUGUGACUGGCCCAGCCCCUCUUUCCUUUCCUCUCUUCUGCUCUCCCGCCGGGCGCCUGAGGGCUAUUUUCUUAGCGGUUCGGAAGAUCCACUCUAGUUCGGCAACGGAUCUCCGCCGUCGCCGCUCGGGUGCCCGGGAAGCAGCCGCUCCAUUCUGCCCAUCUCUCGCUCGCAUUUUGGGCUCUGCCAGCUAUGACCAAGGAGGAGGAGAAACCGUUCCGCCAGUCUAUGGCCGAGUGGCGGCAAUUCAUCUACAACCGAAACAGCGGAGAGUUUCUGGGGCGCACGGCCAAGAGCUGGGGCUUAAUUUUGCUAUUUUAUCUCGUCUUCUAUGGCUUCUUAGCUGCACUUUUCUCAUUCACAAUGUGGGUUAUGCUCCAGACAUUAAGUAGUGAUGUACCCAAGUAUCGUGACCGGAUUUCUUAUCCAGGACUAAUGAUUUCACCAAAACCAGAAACAGCACUGGAAUUUUCAAUAAGCAAAAAUAACUCAGGAAACUAUAAUUAUAAUCGUUAUGUAGAACCUCUUCAUAAAUUUCUAGGAGCAUAUAAUGAAACAAAGCAAACCAGAAACAUUCGGUGUUCUCCAGGAAAGCUCUUUGACCAGAACUCUGUAAAUAAAUCAGCGUGCCAGUUUAAUCGAGAUAGCCUGGGACCUUGCUCUGGACUACAAGAUGAAAAUUUUGGUUAUGACAAAGGAACACCAUGUGUUAUUAUAAAAAUGAAUAGAAUAAUUGGAUUAAAGCCCGUUGGAAAACCAUAUAUAAACUGUAAUUCUAAGGAAGAAGGCAAGGCUACAAUAAGUUAUUUUCCUGCUAAUGGAACAGUUGAUUUGAUGUAUUUCCCAUAUUAUGGAAAACGCCUACAUCCUGACUACUUACAGCCGCUAGUAGCUAUUCAGCUAGCAUUUAAUACAACCAGUGCCAAAGAAGAUGUAACCAUUGAAUGCAAGAUCCUGGGAACCAACUUAAAAAAUGACGAUGAGCGUGAUAAAUUUCUGGGACGGGUUUCAUUCAAAUUUCAGGUAUCUGCAUAAAAGUCACCAAUAUCGCCAAAAGGUCAACCUUAUCAGCAGGACCUGCCAUUCUGAAAGAUGAGACCACCCAUAAGAAACCUAGAGUGGAACAAGGCAUUCAGGGUAGCAUAAUGUGCUUCCAAUCAUGAUUUCAAUUUGUGACAAUGUAACUGCCCAUCAUGCUUUUGCCUAUUGGACCACUGUACAGAUAUAAUCAUUUUAGUGACCUGUAAAUAGAUUCCAGACAUGUAAUCAUGGUGGUAUGACUUGUUCAAAAUGUGGGCUUUAUCCCCAAGUGAGUGUCUGUAAUGUAUGUGCUGUGCUAUGUAAAUAUUGUAUUGGUUUAACACUGGUUAACUAUCAUAUCAAUACGAACACAGUCUUAGAAAGGUCAGACUAGUCAAUUCAACACCGUGAAUUAAGUCUAUGCAGAGAUGCCUUAAAUCCUGUAUCCCGUGGGAGGUAGUGGAGAGCUUCAUGUGGAUUUUAAGUUUAGCAUUGAUUUUUGACAUUAUUUAAAUACUGAAGUAGAUGUGCUUAUUGUGCAAGUAUUGUGUGUACAUGCAAUUUUUGGCCUAGAUUUGAUAUUUCAGUUGCAAAAUUAUUGUGUUUAUUGCUGUUACAUGGAGCACAGAUAAAACCAAUACAAUGUCACUUUUUAAAACUUUUUAAAUGAGAAUUAUCCAUAUGAAACAAGUCCUUUACAAUGUGUAUGGUUAGAGAUUUGGUAACAGUCAUAUUAUAAAGCUGCUUGAAAUAAAAAAAAGACCUCACAAUAUGGGACUAGAUGUACAAUUUCCAAUUAAAAAAUAUUCCAGAAUGGAGAAAUGUCUGUUUAAACAUUUUUAAACUCAGUAAGACUAUCCGGAUUAAACAUUCCUUUGUUUAAUUUAUAUAGUUUCAGAUGAAUUUUGUCCUCUGUAAGUAGUAUUUAAAAUUUAGGAUUUUUUUCUAUUAAGCAUCCUUUUUACUAAAUAUCCUCUGCAUUUCAAGAUGUAUUUUAAGCACCUCUCUAUAUUCCAGGUUAUGUUAUUGAUGUUUCUUUCUUCUUUUCUCUUCACUCCAGGCAAUUUAAGAACCAAAAAUAAGUGGUUCAGAAUGUGCAUUAAAAUACACAAUUAACUUUUAUGCAAUCAUUUGUUGUUUUUUUUAAAAAAGAACAAUAAUACAAUAAGAACUCUUUUCAACAAUAGUACAAGUUCUGAGAGGAAAAGUUUUCAGUUGUUUUAUAUAUUUAAGAUCCAUAUUGAGCAUAUCGAAGGUAGCUAGAAAAGAAGUUCAAUGAAGGUAAAACCUAUCUAGAAAGAUUGAAUAUGUGAAUUAGGGCCCUGGGAAUCUGAAUGAAAUAAGCUAGUGAAUAGCCAAAAUAAAUCAAACGGUUUUGCAGUUAAAGAAGAGCCACAAUGUUGUAUGACUUGCUAUUGGUGUUUUGUUUUUUUUUAAUAGGAGGAUUCUAUUGCUUUAUUUGCUACUCUUGGUGUGGCCUGUUAAGAACUUGUAUCUGUGUUGUGAAACCAUUGUUGGUUCUACUAUAGCCAUAGACUUGGGCAGGUCAAACAUUAGGAUAAAACAGUGAAGCUUGAGGUACAGUUUGAAUUUUUAUUCAGAGGUAAUAUUUUAAAUACUUCUGCCUUUUGAUGUAACAGAGAGUACUUAAAUAUGAGCUAAGUUAAAUCAAGAUGCUGGUAAGGCUGACAAAAGAAUUCUGGCUAUGAAUAGAAAGAACUCUAGCAGCUUAGAAUAUAGCAAAUAUCAUCUCUGAAACAUGUGGCAUUGAGGAGUCCCACAUCACCUCACAAACAUGGACAAAGUUGGUUUUUCUCAGGGGCAAGGAAGGAAUAAUGGAGAGUUUGCUUUUGUGUGAAAGAUCAUGUUCUGGCCCCCUCAAAGGUUCUGUGUAUAAAAGAAAUGAAAAUUCUUGCAAGGUGGACAGGUGAACUUUAGAAAUUUGCUGGAUCAGUCCAAGGCCUGUCUCAGCCCAGCACUUCCUUUCCCACCAUAACUAAAUUCUCCAGUGGGCUCAACACACAGGAUAUGGAGAGAGUUCCUGCUUUUGUGCCACAGUAACUGGUAUUCAGAGGCAUGCUGAUUCCAGUUCACUGAAGUCAUAGACCUACCUGUUCUCUUUCAGUUUAUUCAACUGCUUUCUAAAACAAUGAAUGAGACACAUGGUGUUUCUCUGGGAGUAACGGAGUAUGGAAGGAAUGGGACACAAUUUUGACCUCAAGUGUCAAAAUAUGAUGUAACUUGAGUUAUGGAGAACUAGCUGGUGUUCUGCUUUAGGAAGUAAAUUUUCAUUCAAGUUGGAUCUUGAUUCGUGUCAAAUGUGUCAGCCAAACUUUUCAUGGCAAUGUUUGGCUCUCUUUUUAAAAGAAUGGUAAAAAAUUAUUCGAUGUCUUGAUGCACAUUGAAUAAUGAUGCCAAAAUGCUUCCUUGCAGGAAGAGCUGCAUGUAGCAGUUGAAUCCAUAGAAUAGAAUUGUGAGUGUUUUUCUGUCCUUAGAAUGUUGUUAAUACAAUGGCAAUUCCAUGAACAGAUAAAUACUUUGAUAAUCUGCAGAACCUUUUAUACAGUCUGAGCAAAACAUUUCAAACACAAAAUGGCUGUUUCAUCUGUUCUAAGCUUGGAACAGACAUUUGUUCUGAUUUUUUGUACCAGUCUUAAGACACAAUGGAAUUGUUGUUGUUUCAAAUAUUGACAUCCUGUAAUUGACUUGUUUGCUUUUCCUUUAUUUUCUCCAAGCCAGUGAGAGUUCAUUAGCCAGUGAGCAAAGAUUGCAUUGUUGCUAGCAUAUAGGCUGGCUCUAGUUCAGUGGGUGGGGUUGGGUAGGGGAGAGUUAGUUAAGUAUCUCUUCAGUGAGUCAGAAUAAUUUUGAAUAUUAGUCAGACUUCUACCUGAUGGAAGGCGGUAUUGUGGUUUUUAAAAUUCCUUGCUAUAGGGUAAUUAGAUGAAAUGCUGCUUUCCCUCUGAACUCCCUGACUGUUGUGGGUUUUCUUGUUCAGAAAGUUGCAAAAACCUGCAUGUGCAUGAACUGUAAGAGCUCUCAUAGAAUUGAUAGUGAGAAGUUAUUUUGUAGUAGCAUAAUGAAGGGACUCCAUUAUUGUUGCUUUUGGGGUACGCAUAUUGCAGUUUUGUAGGUGAUUUUUUACUUUUUAAAAUUUAGCAAGUUGGUCAGCGUUUCUGUAGAUCAAGUGAUAAACAUUCAACAUGGAAUUUUACCACUUCUAAUUUAAUGAUACUUGAAGCAUUUUGAGCUAUGUUUGAGCUGACUAAAAGUUCUGAAUGAGGCUGUUUGUUGUCAAGCUUGGAGAACAUUUUUUAAAGAAAAAUUGAAUAUAUGCUUAUUUUUGUGCACUGUCAAUCCUAUUCCAGAAGGGAACACUGUGAGUGUUUUUAGGCAAAGUUGUAGUGACACUACUUUGACUCAGACUAUUCACCCAACAUGCUAACCUCUAUUUUAUUCAUAAGUCUGUAUGACACCUAAGCUACACAAGCUACGUUUACACAAUUUGUUGAGCUGAAAUGUCAUUGAUUAUUUUGGGUCAGGGUGUCAUAUGAACACAAUCACAGAUGGCAUUCAGUUCCCUUCACCUUUUAUUUGUAAUUUGUGGAAAAUAACAGCAGGAGACUUCCGUGUGUUUCUUGCAUGAAAAUUUCCAUUGGAGCAAUCAUUAGGUGAAUGCCAUCCUUCUGAGAGUAAGUUUAAAAAGUAUGGGACAAUACAAUGAUGUUUUUAAUGCAAAAACAGACAGAAUUUCUAAUUUGUCUUUAAAUACAAUUGCAUUAGUCUUUCUCUGGAACAAUUUGCAAACUUUUAAAUAAUUUCUCCAUAUUUUAAAUUCUUCAUCCCAAGAUUAACAACUGCUGCUAUGAAAUAAACAGGGUUGAACAAAGCAGUUUUAUUUGGCUGACUGGCUUUGAUCAGAUUUUGUUUCAUUAGGCAACUUGUUCUAAACUUGGUAACACAUCCUUGCAGAGCAAAUCUGCUAGUAGUUGCCAGAGACAGUUUAUAAUUUUCAUUAAUUUUCAAGGUUGAUUCAUUGAUUAAGUGCACCAAUGUUUGUAAAGUAAGAAAAGAGUCAUAGCAGAUUUACAAUCGCAUUUGUAGAAUACUGCAAGUAACACAGUAAUCAAAUCCAAGUUGAAGUUUAAAUAAGUGCCAGUUUCAAAUUGUUAUGGGUCUCAAACAUGGGGCAGAUCAAUUUUGACACACAUCUUUGCAAUUAUAAUGAUAAUAAAACAAAAGCUAUUUUGAAAUCUCUAGAUUCUGUAAUAGUUUUAAAAGGAUAUACCUAACUAUCUCCAGUAGAUUUUUUUUCCUGUCAUUUGUCUACACUA